AUGAUGCUGCAAACCUCUCAGUCUCCUCGGUUUGCUUCAUUCAAAUUUCAACUACUACACGACUCUGUUUCAGCUCUUCGCCUCAAAUUAAUUCUCCGCGGAUUCCUCUCAAUAUCUCAACUCAUAUUAUGGAGUUAUGAAAAUAUUCAACGCAAUCAAUCUGAACAAGACAGUAAAAUUACAUUAGAAGAGAGUGGAGUAUACUUACCUACCGGAGGCAAGUCUGACGCCUUCUUCAAAUUUGGAAAGAGGAUCUCAAAUACAGAGAUCGAUGAAUCGAUGCGACUAGAUUACAGUAGAAAUGAAGAUGAUACAGAGAGAUAA